AUGGCUGCCAAUGGUUCAUCCGACUCGUUCGCCCCAGACACGAUUCUGGCGGCCAUGACGACCAUGCGUGGUGGAGAGCCGGAUAAGAAAAAGGUUGCGAUGGACUACCUGACCAAAUUCCAGAAAUCGAAAGAUGCCUGGACAACAACCCUCACGAUCCUACAGUCCAACGCCGAGGCCGAGGCCAUGCUGUUCGCGGCGACAACGUUGAAGGGAAAGAUUACCUACGAUCUUAUAACACAAGUGCCAGAGGGCGACCUACCUGCACUUCGCGACCAGAUUCUCCUGCUCCUCAAGAAGUUUGCAGCUGGGCCCAAACCAGUUCGGGUGCAGCUCUGUGUCUGCUUGGCAAUACUCGCGAUACAGUUGAGGUCCUGGAAGGAUGUUCUGCCCACUGUUGUGUCUGCCCUUGGAAGCGAUGUCCAGAGCGCUGGGGCUAUCCUCGACUUUCUCCGAGUUCUCCCAGAAGAGGUGACCGAAGGCCGUAAAAUUAACCUCUCUGAAGAUGAGCUCACUGAGAGAACCACCGAGCUCCUGGCCGACAACGCGGAGCAAGUCAUCAACAUCUUUAUCAAUUACGCCCAGUCAUCAGGCGACGCUGCUCACAACCCACAGCUCAUGGAAUGCAUAACUUCGUGGCUACGCGAAAUCCCCAUCGACGCCAUCGGAAAGUCCUCGCUCCUCAACAUUGUGAUCAACGCUUUGGACAAUGAUAACUGCUUGGAAGCCGCCGCCGAGUGCCUCGCUGCUAUUUGCCGAGAGACAAGGGAUGUGGACGACAACAUCGAGAUGAUCCAGAUCCUCCUGCCCAGGGUCGUCGAAUUGCGGUCGCGGAUGCAAAAAGCGGCCGAGGAAGAAGACACUGAGGCAUUCAAGGCUCUAACACGUGUCUUUGCCGAGGCGGGAGACUCGUGGGUUGUCAUCAUCGCCCGUGAACCGUUGCACUUCCGGCCCCUUGUCGAUAUCAUCUUGGAAUGCGCCGCGAGGGACAAGGAUAGGGAUGUUAUCGAGCACACCUUCAACUUCUGGUACGAACUCAAGCAGAUGAUUGUCAUGGAGCGGUAUGUCGACGCUAGGAUGCAUCUGUACGAUGUUUACGCCAAGCUGGUGGAUAUUCUUUUAAAGCAUCUCGAGUAUCCCACAUCCGAGAGUGGGAACGAGCUUGACCUUUUCGACGGUGACCGCGAACAGGAGGAAAAGUUCCGGGAAUUCCGUCAUCAUAUGGGAGACACACUCAAGGACUGCUGUCAGGUGCUGGGUGUCGCGGACUGCUUGACGAAAGUUCUCGAGGCCAUCAAGCUCUGGAUGCAAAAGUAUGCGGGCGAGGCAACUGCGACAUCAGUCCCGCACUGGCAAGAACUUGAAGCUCCCGUCUUCGCUAUGCGCGCUUUGGGACGGAUGGUUGACAAGGACGAGAAGACUGUCUUGCCGCAAUUGAUGCCAUUGCUGGUGCAGAUGCCUAGCCAUGAGAAGCUGCGUUUCGCAACUAUUAUGGUCUUUGGGCGCUACACUGAGUGGACCGCACACCACCCUGAGUUCCUGCAACCACAGUUCAACUACAUUGUUACCUCAUUCGAGGCGGACUCCAAGGACGUUGUCCGGGCUGCCGCUCAAGCCAUCAAGUUCUUCUGCCAGGACUGCAAGAGCCUUCUGAGUGAUCAGGUCGUUCAGCUGCAGUCGUUCUACGACCAGAUACUUGACAAGCUCCCUGUGAUGAGCCAAGAGGAGAUGACGGAAGGAGUCGCCAGUGUUGUCGGCGUACAGAAGAACGAAGAGGUCUACAGGCUUCUAAAGUUAUACUGCGACCCACUGGUGAACCGACUAAUGGUAAAAGCCAACAAUGCCUCGGAUGAAGCGGGAAGAUUGGCGAUCGCUGACCACGUGCAACUCCUCACGCUUUUCGUCCAGAAUGUGGUUCCUCUAGUGGACUUCGGACAGGAGGAUCCCGCUGUCAAAUACUGGCAAGAGGUCUUCCCAAUCCUGUCUACUGUUCUGGACAACUUCUCCGGGUUCUCGCCCAUUUGCGAGAGAAUCUGCAGAUGUUGGCGCAACAUGGUUAUCUCGUACCGCACGGGGAUCACACCUUUGCUGCCGCAGCUGGCCAACAAGCUUGCGGACGGUUUUGUAAAGACUAAGCAAGGUGCUUUCCUGUGGGCAACAGGUGCCAUCCUCAGAGAAUUCUCCGAGGAUCGCGAGCAUGUGGACGACGCCAUCACCGAGAACAUUUAUCAAUUCUUCGAGUCUCAGGCGACAAGCGUACUCAGGGUGAUGAGUGACAUCCCUCCAGCGGAGUUGCCCGAUAUUAUCGAGGACUUUUUCCGACUGCUGACGGAUGCGUUACUCUACUACCCUCACAAGCUGAUCUUCUCACCACUCCUCGCCCCGAUCUUCCAGGCCGGUGUCUCCUCUCUGGCGUUGGAGCAGCGUGAUCCACUGUCGGCGACAUUACAUUAUCUUCGGGAUCUACUCACUUACGGUGGAAGCAACCCCGCGUCAACCAUGCAGCUCGGACCUGCUUCUGAUCAGAUGCAAGCCACCGUCAAACAGCUUCUAGUGGCGCACGGUGAGCCACUGGUCAAGGCGAUCUUGGCAGGCAUGAUGAUCACAUUUCCCCGGGACUGUUUUGCUGACGGCAGCGGCGUGCUCCUGGAGCUGUUCGAGCUGCUGCCUUCCGAGACCACGGCGUGGGUGGAGCGGACGAUCAAAAUGCUGCCCGAGGGCACAGUCAGCCCUGUCGAGGCGAACAGGCUGAUCACGAAAAUCAAGGAGAGGUUAUCCGCAAACGAUGCUGGAGGACUGAGGCAGGUAAGAGUGCUACUGCAGGAUUUCACUAACACGUACCGGCGGCGGUACGUUGCCCCGCGAGACGGGCUGGGGCAGCUGGAGGGGGCUCGGUUCCACUAUGAAGGAUAG